AUGGCGUUCCAAGACGUGUUCCAAGAUGCUAAUUUGUACCAAGUGACGGCGACCUCUGCCCGAGAGCAGCCUAAAACUAAAUGCAGCCCACGGAACGAGACACUCUGCGUUAUAGACACACAGGAGUACUGCUUCACUAACGGUGUCGUUUGCGAUGGCAUUAAAAACUGUGGCGUUUCUGAUUGGUUCGAUGAACGUAAAUCUAAAUGUAGUUUACCGGUGGAAUAUCUAACCCAUGGUCCUGUGAUUGCUGUUAUUGGAGCCGUGAUCUGCGCGCUACUAGCUGGUGGGCACAUCCUUAUGAGAUGCCUUCCCCCAUCAGCAAACUCUUUCUUCAUAUUUAAUGCUAACGAGGACAACCGACUUUGUAUCGACCCCGUGUUUACUAGUCCGGACAAGACAUCAUAUGGAAUGCAUCGAAACAAAAGGGCAUCACUCAUUCCGACGUUCUCCAGUUCAUCAUCCAGCAGCGAACAAUCUUUAGAAAUAGGUAUGGAUCAGAAAAGUUUUGCAAACAGACCUCUAUCGCCUUCAGAUCAAGAUAGUAUGCAAUAUUACCCGUCCGCAUCAUCGUCCCAAGAACCAAAAAUACAUUCUAGUCGGUCGUCUACAAUGAGGGCGAUGACCGCGAAACUUCAGAAAACUAUACGUGCUAUAGCUGGCCGAAGUAAACUUAUAAGAGCGUCAUUAGCUGAACCAGAUACAUCAAAAGAAAAUGCAUGA